CGGACCAUGGAACUCGGGCACGUCUGCGGGUACACACAGGCGUCACUGGCCGGCGUAGGGGACUUUGACCUCGCUCUCAUGCGCGGGUCGAGCACUCAUCCAGAAAACGUAUAAAUAGCAGCUCUCCAGAGCCUCAACGUCUCAUCAACCGGUCUCACAUCCGUCUCUCAACCACCGCUUCUUCACUCAUAUCACCAAUGGCCAAAUACGCUGCUUUCGCUGUCGCCGCUGCCGCUGCCGUUGCCAACGCGCAGUCGCUCAACGUCGUGAACAAGUGCUCUGACAGCGUCACGCUCUUCACCCAGACCUCGUUCGGUACGAUUGACAACAACGUCAACGUCGCUGCUGGCGCCACCACCGACAUGAACAUCUCCAACAACUGGGACGGUGCCAUCAACGUCGGCACUAGCUCGACCGGUGGCCCGACGUGGGACGGCACCACGCCGUUCUCGCGUGCCGAGUUCAACUUCUACGCCGUCCCCGGCUCGGUCACCUACGACAUCUCCCUGAUCUACGGCUACAACGUCGGUAUGGAGAUCUCGUCCUCCGACUCUGGCUGUUCCGCCUUUGCCUGCACUCUCCCCUCGGGCUGCCCCGUCCCCGGCCCUGACGGCUCGUGCUACUCCCCCUGCUGCUCGUCUGUCUCCGCCUGCUCGGGCGGCGCGCUCCCCGCGGGCGGCGGAGGCUGCACGAGCAACGCCGGACCCGGCCCGAACUCGCCGUUCUACUACAACAGCUGCUACAACGCGUACGCGUUCCCCGACAACGACGGCGCCGCCGGAUACACUCCCGCCGACAACGUCGACUUCACGUGCGGCAACACCGAUAUCACGCUCACGCUUUGCCCGGGCACGACGUCCAAUAUCCCCAAGUAA